CUUGCUUGCUAUCCUAAGCUCGCCAUCCCACCCAAACAUACCAUUUUUACCACACUUUCUUCCACGCAACUUACAGAUUCAAUAUGGCGUAUCUGGCCCCAAUACAUAGACCAAGUAGUGUACGACUUACACUGCGAUUGAAUCUUUUAGAUGAUAGAGAGGAAUGUCUGGUACUUGCCAAAGCAAAUCGAUUAGAAAUAUGGAGGCCCACAGAAGAAGGUCUCACGAUGGCAUAUUCGAAAUCCAUAUAUGGCCGCAUAUCCAUGCUGCAAAAGAUCCAACCUGCGGGAUCCAAGACCGACCAUCUCUUCGUAGGGACCGUUCGAGCACAAUACUUUACCGUGAUGUGGAAUCCCCAGACGCAUAAACUGGAUACCAUGCAAUCGUUCGUCGAUGUCUCUCAAGAACACAUGCGGGAUUCCGAAAGUAGGGAUAGAUGUCUUGUGGAUCCGACAGGGCGAUUGUUAGUUAUGGAAUUGUACGAGGGAGUGCUGAAUUUGGUGAAGAUUGUAAAGCCUAGGGGAGGCAAGACGGACUACUUGGAGAACCCGGAACAAGUGAGGAUUUCGGAGAUGAAGGUUCGGGCGAGUGCAUUUUUGUAUACGGAUACUAAACAGCCGAAAUUGGCUUUGCUGUAUCAGGAUGCGAGGGAGAAUAUGAAAUUGGCAACAUAUAGGAUGCUGGAUGACAAGGGACAGCUCAUUUUACAGUUUGAUCCGAAGAAGAAUAUGGAGAAUGAUGUGGAUGAUCUGUGUGUUGGAGCUAUGCAUGUCAUACCGGUUCCCAAGGCGAGAGAUGAGGCGAGCAAGAGAUAUAUUGUUAGGAACGCCACGACUGCCAAGGCUAAUCUAGGAGGGCUGGUUGUCUUGGGAGAAACGAAGUUUACAUAUCUGGAUGAUGAGAGUAAAGCUAUUGUCGAAUAUGCGUUGGAUGAAGCUGUAUUAUGGGCGGCGUGGGAACCGAUAGAUGAGAGAAAUUAUCUACUGGGGGACGAUUAUGGCUUUCUAUACAUUUUAACAAUACUGGUCGAUGGCGCUACAGUUACUGGACUACAAGUUGUGAAAUUGGGUCAGGUGUCUAAGCCUACAUCUUUGGAGAACUUGGGGAAUGGAAUCUUCUAUAUUGCUUCUCACGAAGCGGACAAUCAGGUCGUUCAAAUAGAUUUGGAGAGUCCAGAACAUGGUGUUACCUUGUUACAGACACUGCCGAAUAUUGCUCCAAUACUCGAUUUCACGGUCAUGGAUAUGGGCGGGCGAGAGGGAGAGACUCAAUUGAAUGAAUAUUCUUCAGGCCAGGCUCGAUUAGUAACGGGCAGUGGAGGAUUCGAGGGAGGAAGUUUAAGAAGUGUUCGGAGUGGAGUUGGACUUGAUGAUACUGCGAUACUUGCCGAAAUGGAGGGUAUUCGCAAGGUCUUCGCGUUACAUUCUGGUCCAAGUCUACCGAAUGAUACUCUUGUAGUGUCGUUUUCAACAGAGACUCGAUUCUUUAAGUUUGAUUCACAAGGAGAUAUUGAAGAAGUGGAGACAAUCAAGAAUUUGUCUUCUGCCUCGGAAACAUUACUAACUUAUAACCUCGAUGAGGGUUGUAUAUUACAAGUCACACAACAUGAGGUAGCAAUACAUGGCAAAUCUCCCGGUCAUCGAUGGCAACCUCCUGCCGGACAAAUAAUCACGGCAGCUUCAGGAAACCAGAAUUAUAUUUUACUUUCGUCUAAUGGACGUGCCCUGGUCACUUUAUCAAUUCAACAGAAUUUAACGGAGGUCGCAUUUCAGGAGCUUGGAGAUGAUCAAGUAGCUUGUAUACAUGUACCCCAAGUAUUGGAUGAUAUAGGUGUCAUUGGCUUAUGGAAGUCGGGAUCGGUAUCUCUGCUUGAUCUCGCAACUCUCAAUACUAUCGUAUCAGAGGAUCUACGACGAGCUGAUGGAGCUUCCAUACCGAGAGAUAUUGCUCUUACUCAAAUUCUACCCCCAGAACUCUCAGGCCCAACAUUGUUUGUCAGUAUGGAAGAUGGUAUUGUGUUGAGCUUCAAUGUCGACAAGACAGAUUGUUCACUUUCGGGACGAAAAAGUAUUGUCCUUGGAACACAACAGGCGCAACUUCAAAUUUUACCACGGGAUAAUACAACUUUUAAUAUUUUUGCAACAUGCGAGCAUCCUAGCUUGAUAUAUGGUUCUGAGGGUAGAACCGUGUAUUCGGCCGUCACAGCUGAAGAUGCAAUCGCAGUAUGUUCGCUGAACAGUGUAGCGUAUCCAGAUUCAGUAGUUGUGGCUACGACAAAUGAACUCAAGCUCGCAGCCAUCGACAACGAGAGAAGAACACAUGUCAGAACUUUACCGAUUGGUGAGACUGUAAGGAGGGUAGCAUAUUCAGCCAAGGAGAAAUCGUUUGCGAUUGGAGCUAUCAAGCGGGAACUGACAAAGGGACAAGAAGUUGUCACGACUUCUUUCAGACUUGUCGACGAGGUUGUUUUCGGUGAGCUAGGAGAACCGUACUAUCUACCACCAAACAACGAAAUUAUCGAGACUGUUAUACGAGCGGAACUUCCAACAAGACAUGGCAGUGGCGAAUUAGUCGAGCGUUUCCUUGUCGGUACAAGUUUCCUUCAUGAGGAAGAAGCGAAUGUUCGUGGUCGUCUUCUUAUUUUUGGUGUCAAUGCCGACAGAGCUCCAUAUAUAAUCGCUUCUCACAACCUCAAAGGCUCUUGUCGAUGCAUUGGUGUACUCGAUGGUAAAAUCGUAGCGGCACUCAAUAAAACAGUCGUAAUGUACGACUACGAGGAAACAUCCACAACAUGCGCCAAACUUAAUAAACUAGCAACAUAUCGAUGUUCAACUUGUCCCAUCGAUAUCGAUAUUACAGAUAAUAUAAUAGCAGUAGCGGAUAUUAUGAAAUCAGUUGCGCUGGUCGAAUAUACACCUGGAACCGAUGGUCUUCCAGAUAAACUCGAAGAGGUGGCAAGACAUGCACAACAAGUCUUCUCAACGAGUGUUGCAGAGGUAGAUACAGAUACGUAUUUGGAAACAGAUCACGAUGGGAAUAUAAUCUUGUUGAAGAGGAAUAGAGAGGGUGUUACGAGAGAAGAUAAAUUCAGAAUGGAAGUUACUUGUGAGAUGAAUCUUGGAGAGAUGGUCAAUAGGGUUAAGAGGAUCAAUGUGGAAACAUCGAAAGACGCUUUAUUGAUCCCGAGAGCUUUUCUCGGCACAACCGAAGGAUCAAUCUACCUCUUCUCUCUUAUCCCCCCACAAAAUCAAGAUCUAUUAAUGCGUCUCCAAACCCGUCUAGCAUCUCUCCCUUCCGCCUCGUCCCUCAAAGAAUCCUCAGACUCCACAUCCCCUCAUCAGAUCGAACUCUCGCCCGGUAAUCUCGAUUUCAACAAAUACCGUUCCUACAUAUCCGCCACGCGGGAAACGAGCGAACCCUUCAGAUUCGUAGACGGGGAGUUGAUAGAAAGAUUUCUGGAUUUGGAGAGUGAGGUGCAGGAACUUGUGGCGGAGGGGCUGGGUGUCAAAGCGGAGGAUUUGAGAGGUGUGGUUGAGGGAUUGAGGAGGUUGCAUUAGAGGGAUUUGUCAAGGGGGGAGGAGAAGCGAGAGUGAGAGAGAAUUGGCAUUUUAGGUGGAUAUCUAGGAUGCGGAU